ACAGUCAAAAAUACAAAGAGAAAUACUUAAUUAUCUCAGGAAAACAGGACUGGACAUUUUAUUGGACAUUUAAAAGAACGAAUAUAUUUCCCUUCUUAUUAAUGCUUAACACUCCAGUCCAGUUGGUGGCGGUAAUACAGCAUGACUUGGCUUGUUAACCACCAUUAAACAACACAAGAAGAAGAAGAAGAACAACACACGCUUGGACCGAGAUCUUCAUGUGAAAGGGAGCUUCUUUUUCCACACCCGCUUCGGAUCUCUGAUACUCUGCGUAACAUCACUAAAGUGUCCUGAUUCUUUACACCUCUUAUAAUGAAAUCAGAGUCCAGACGCCGCUCUUUAGGAAAAUCUCCACAGACUCCUGCUGCUACUAGCUCAAAGAUGUACCACUGCUCAGUUUGUGGGAAGAGUUUUACUAAAAGUCAUCAUCUCAAAGAUCACAAGCGGAUCCACACAGGAGAGAAGCCAUAUCACUGCUCACAGUGUGGAAAAAAUUUUAGUUGUGGAAGUUCUCUCAAACAACACAAUCGCAUUCACACAGGAGAGAAGCCGUAUCACUGCUCACAGUGUGGGAAGAGUUUUACUUGUCGGAGUACUCUCAAAAACCAUGAACGCAUUCACACAGGAGAGAAGCCGUAUCACUGCUCACAAUGUGGGAAGAGUUUUACUUGUCGGAGUACUCUCCAACAGCACAAGGGCAUUCACACAGGGGAGAAGCCGUAUCACUGCUCACAGUGUGGGAAGAGUUUUACUUACCAGCGUCGUCUCAAACAACACAAUCGCGUUCACACAGGAGAGAAGCCGUAUUAUUGCUCACAGUGUGGGAAGAAGUAUUCUCGUCAGCAUUAUCUUCAACAGCAUGAGCGCAUUCAUACAGGACUGAUGCCGUACAUCUGCGGACAGUGUGGACGGAGCUAUAUUCAUUUAAGUUCAUUAAGGGCACACAAGUGCUCUAACAUAAAGCCAUCAGAUCUUGAUAUGUGAAUUUGUCAAUUUAAGAUACAUGUUUUUCACUUUCAUUUUUUAAAGGGAGGUAAAGUGACAUUCUGGCGUAAAACUAUGAUAUAAUAAUAUCUA